UGCAGCUAUCGCCAAGGCCGCCGGAUUCCUGCGACAAUACGAGCUUCUUCGGCCGCCGCCGGCGUUGCUCUGUCUCUCGUUCUCAUCUCUCAAUCCACCCACGGUCAUGGGGAAGCAUAAGCUCACUCUGAAGACCGAGGAGGACUCCAAUCCUCGUGAUAAGUACAUAACCUGGACUGACGAGGCGACAAGGUUUAUGCUUGAAUGGUAUAUCGACCUUCGUAAGGACAAACCUGCAACUUUCAAGUUGAAGAAACAACACCACUUGCAAUGUGCUGAUGCUCUAAAUGGCAAGUUUUCGCUUGCUGUCACUCAAACCCAAGUGGAUCGACACUAUCGUCAAUGCAAGGAGAAGUGGGGCUGGGUGCGUCGUGCCAUGGCCAAUAGUGGAAAUGGCCUUGACAGAACCACUUUCAAUUCACACUUUCUGAGUCAGAAAAGCAAAGACUUAAUAAAACUGCAGUCAAUUAUCUUACCAGACCCAUUAGGUUCUUUCAUCAAUUGGAAGAGUUAUUCUCGGAUCAAUUUCAUGUUGAUGGCUCACUCGCAGUUGACCAAACCACUGUCAAUGUGGAUGAUGGUAGUGAUGACAGCGAGGAUGUGAGGGAACUUGAGGGAAAUCUAAUUCUAGCAGACAGUGAUGAAGCUGACUCUGACACUAUUGAUCAUCGCAGUCCUAAAGUCGACUUGGAUGGCAAUCCAUUAAACAAGAAGCGCAAGUGUGCAUCAUCAUCACCUUCCAAGAAGCCAACCAAGGGCAAAGCAAACAAGAAGGGCAAGGUAUCUAAUGAUGAUAUGGUAACCAGUAUCAAGAAGCUAGCUGAAUCCCUUGCAUCCCCUAUUGUGUCUGUGCAACCAAUGCCACCUGUAGAUCCUUAUGCAAAUCUUUGGAAGCGGAUCAAUGCCCUUACCAUCCCAGCUAAGGAUAAACUUGAGAUUGUUGCCUAUCUAUCCAAGCCAUACCAAGAUAUCUUUCGUAGCUAUCUUAACUAUGCCGAUGAAACAAUUCUUCGAGAGUGGGUCAUUAGCUACUUUGAGCCUCAGUUUCAUGAAGGUGGCAAUGAUGGAUCUGCGGCUGCUCACUGAAUUGCCACAUGGUUAGAUAGAGUUUGUGGCAACCUUUUGUUUAUAUGACUAGGAACGCUUUAACACGUAGUGGGAGCAUGGAUAACAUCAUCAUGCAUAUUUUGUCUAUAUACAGCAAACUUGGGUGCAUCAUGUACUGUUUGUAUGGAGUGCAUUUGGUGCAUGGCUGGCUGUUUAUGUCCUAGAUGGUAUGGUAAAGGAUGUGAACCUUAUUCCGUCUAUCAUGUAUCAGACAAUAU